AUGAGCAAUAGUGAUCCUCUUUUAGCGAAUCUCAAUGCAUUCAAAGACAAAGUAAAGCCAGCGGGUUCUCCUGCUAUCGUGGCAGAAAAAGCGCUUGAAGUUGAUAACAAAAAACGGCCAUUGAAAAAAGAAGAUAGUCCUGCCAUCCCUUCGAAAAAGCUCAAAAUACCCGAUGUCGCUUCGUCUGCAGCGUCAGAACAAAGUUUGAGCGGGACUCAUUUGUCAACUAAGUUGUUGCUGGCAACAGAAUACAUUCAAGAACGUGGCGAGGCAGUGCCUAUAGAACAGAUCGAGUCGUAUCUUUCACUGUCUCCAGAAAAUAACGUCAUCCCGCUGCUCAAAAAUAUAAAUAAAAUCAAGUUUGAUGCCAAAUACAACACGCUGCAAUACGUGUCGAUCUACGACGUGCAUUCAGCGGAAGAAUUGCUGCAGUUGCUGCGUGCACAGGUGACAUUCAAGGGAAUAUCUUGCAAAGAGCUCAAAGAUGGGUGGCCUCAGUGCACGGAGGUGGUUGACGAACUUGAAAACAGAAAUAGAGUUCUUGUGCUACGUACCAAGAAAGAUAAUCAGCCCAGAUUCGUGUGGUACAACUUUGGAGGAGCAUUGGGAGGUGUUGAUGAGGAUUUCGUCAAAAUGUGGGAAAACUGUAAAUUGCCCCAGCGUGGUGAGUUGCCUCGCAAACUGCAAGACCUGGGUCUCAAACCGGCCAGUGUGGAUCCGGCUACAGUAAAGAGGCAAUCUACGCGUGUAGAGGUCAAGAAGCGCAAACAGCGCCGGGGAAAGAUCACAAAUACCCAUAUGGCAGGUAUUCUCAGGGACUAUUCGGAACGUGCAUAA